AUGACCGCAACUGAUUACCACAUUAAACAUGAGAAAGAUGGGUUCUUUGUAUCCUUGGACAGCGUCGAGGUAAACAACUCCAGAAUUGUCAACGGAUACGUUUUCCCUCUAGUGCUACAAGUUUCUGCAUCCGACAUCACAAACAAAAAAGUCAUUACAAGCCUAAUAUCAGAAAUAUCAUCCAAUGGCACAUUCACCGAUUUGUUGGCCAACCAUGGAGCAGUGUUAUUGAGAGGUUUUAACGAUAACUCUGGUGAGACAUUCUCCAAGUAUAUUACUGCUAUAGAAAGUUCCAGAGGCAGAACUCCUUUUGAACAGAUUGGUUUGGCUGGUAAAAGACAUAAAUGGGCCGAGAAUGUUUUUACUGCCAAUGAAGGUCCUCCUAACACCAGAUUCUACCAGCAUAAUGAAUAUGCUAGGUACUUUCACUUCCCAUCAAACAUUCAUUUCUUUUCCCACAAGGCCACAAAAAACGGUGGUGGAGGAUCUCCAAUUGCUCACUCUGGGGAAUUCUACCAAAGAAUUUUUCAAGAAAUCCCCGAAUUCAUCUACGAAUUAGCCAACAGAAAGUUGAUCAGUGUUCAAGUUUAUCCUUCAAGAACAACCCAAUCUUCGACAACCAAAGGUAAUGAAUUCUAUUGGGAGGAUGAAGACUCGUUUGGUCAAGACAUUGAUUUCGAAAAUGAUAGUUUGGCUUUGAAAAAACAAAAAGCUGAACGUCAAAUAACUAGAUUGACUAACGAUUUCUUAUGGAAUGAAGAUGGUUCAUUAACUAUCAAGCAACAUCUUCCUGCUUUUCGGACGCAUCCAAUAACUGGUAAUACUGUGUUUUUCAAUGGUAUUUGUGGCAGAUUCGGUACCUCAAAGGAUAAUAAUGCUUUGGAACCGCCAUAUGUUGGCAAAAAUGGUGGAUUAUAUCUACCAUCAACAUAUGACGAUGGCACACCAAUCCCGCUCAAGUACUUAGAAGUAGUAUUGCGCAUCUCCAGAGAGAUUGAGUUUCUCCAUAAGUGGGAGGAAGGUGAUAUUCUAUUGAUUGAUAAUUACCAAGUUUCUCACGGUAGAGAACCUUGGACUGUCGGUGAUCAAAGAAUAGUGCUAGUGAGUAUGUGGGAUGAUUUGAAAGGUUUCAAACCAAAAGAAUACAUCCCCACAAGAUCAUAG